GAUGGAUGGGGGGUGGGGAUGAUGCCCGGGGGGGGGGUUGUAGCCCCGAGCGAAAGCUGAGCCCCUCCCAGCAGGGCCCAGUUGCGCCCCUGGGGCCUGGUACACAGCUGCUCAGGGCUCUCUGUGGUGGCCGGUGCCAAAGAGGCUUUGGGGAUGGGCCGGCCGCCCCUGGCUCCAUGGGAUGCUGUGAUGUGGCAGGGCUGGGGUCUCGGGAGGCUCUGCUGGGGUGUCUCUUGCCUUUUGCCGGGGCACAGCCCAGCCAGGGACUGACAAGGAGGCUCCGGGCUGGGGCAGGAUGGGCCCUGUGCUGUCUGCAGCCAGGCGCUGCCUUCCCUUCAAGCCUCGAUGCCUGUGCUCCCUCCCACCCCAAGCCACUGAGGAAACUUGUCUCCCAUCUCCUGCAGGCCAUGGACUCAGCACUUGUGCUCCUCCUGGCUGUGCUGGCCGUCCUGCCCAAGCCGACCCACGAUCGCCCGAGCGAUGCAGUCGCUCUGGAGCGGAUGAAGAGACGGCAGAUGUUUCUCGAGGAGAAGAUGAGCGAGCUGUGGGAGGAAAUGGAGUGGAGGAGGGCCCUGGAAAAAGUUCCACUCCUGUGGAUCUUGCAGCACUGGCUCUUCUGGGUGGCUGCAGCGGCUGUGCUCUGCUGGCUGGCCUGGCGCCGUCAGCGGGACAGCUGGCGAGGAGAGGAGGAAGAAGAGCUGGGCGCAGCAGCCGGGGCCGUCAGGCCUUUCCCAGAGCUCAGCCGGUCACCGCUGCAGGAACUGCCCUACAUGGGCCGCACCCUGAAGAAGCUGGUGCGGGACCUGCUGGAGGUGUGCCAGGUGCUCUCCCAGAACACCUUCAUGCCAGAGCUGCACCCGGCCACCCAGAAGCAGGGCACCAUGGAGUCCUGGAGUGACCUGGGGCACCAGGUCAUCUACCAGCUGGUCGUCUUCCUGAGGCCACCCCCCAGGCACUCUUUCCAGCUGCAGCCGCCCGCCGGCAAGAAUGUGCCAGAGAGGUGCUCCAACAUCCGGGUGGUGCUGGAGUGCUCGUGCUCCAGCACGACGGGGGAGACGUCGUGCUUUGUCCACCCCACGCACGACGCUCAGCCCUCGCGCCUGCUCCGCACCCUCUGCACAGACUCCCACUUGGAGGUGGAGAAAGUCGCCGGCUGGGUGCAGGACUUGGUGGAAGCAGCCUGGGAGCGUUUGCCCCAGUGGCAUGACUGGAAGCUCCAGCUGCUGCCCUCCUCCCGCUCCUGCAGGCUCCUGCUGACCGGCCCCUGCCAGGUGCAGCUCUGCGCUGAGCUGCUCUUGGCGCUGCGGCAGGGCCGGCCAGGCAACUUCCUGGUGCUGGAAUAGGCACCUGCAGCUCUCCCACCUGCUGCUUUAGUCUGGGCUAGAGAUAGGGUAGGAUAGAGUAGGAUAGAGUAGGAUAAGAGUAGAGUAGGAUAGAUUAAGAAUGGGGUUAGAUUUUCCAAGGGCGGGUUUAGGCUGGGGUAGAGUUAGGCUAAGAUAGGUAGGAUAGGCCUCCCUCUUCUGCAUCUACUCCACAUGGGGUUGUAUUUUGCUCCCUUUCUGCUUCCAACUUGAAAAUAAAGAGAAAGGUUGAGCAGAGA